AUGCGCGGUGACGUCACGGUCCUCCGCGGCGAUGGCAUCAUCGGCCGGCCGCGACGCACACCGGCCGACCUGCCAAAAUAUCGCCGCGGCGAGCUCCCCGCGAUCGGAUUUAAUUUCGGUAUACCUGUUAUCAGCGCUAAGGCAACAUUGCCCCCCGUACCAUGCUCGCGAGCAGUGCUCCGUAGUCCAUACGCCGUCGACGGUUAUGAUCUAGCGCGCGACGCGACUACGUCCGCCGGCUCGCGUCACCGAUCCCGUGGUAUCGGGGCUAGGGUCGGGCGCGCGCUAUCGUUCGCCAGUCAUCAGUGCUGUGCGAUCAGCUCCGCCGCGAGAGGUGAAUUAAGGCUCCGAAUCCUCGCGUCCGCUGGCACGACGAUCCUUGUAUUUGAAACACUCUCGCGCUGCGCGGGA